AUGAAGUACGACAAGCAGCCUCUCUACUACGGAGGCCAACGACACACCACCGCCACCACCUUCCAAGACAUCGACCCCUCCACCAACCAGCCGCUCGCCGACAUCUGCAAAGCCGACCAGCAUGCCGUCCACGCCGCCAUCACCGCCGCCCAAGCCGCCUUCCCCGUCUGGUCCACCAUGACGACCAUGGAGCGCUCCCGCAUCCUCCUGCGCGCCGUGGCAUUACUACGGCAACGCAACGACGAGCUGGCCGUCGUCGAGACCCACGACACCGGCAAGCCCUUCUCCGAAACCAGCGCCGUCGAUGUCGUCACUGGCGCCGAUGUGCUCGAGUACUACGCCAACCUCGUCGCUUCUGGUGGACUGAAUGGAGAGACGACGCAGCUCCGCCCUGACGCCUGGCUCUACACCACCAAAGCCCCGCUCGGCGUGUGCGCGGGCAUCGGAGCCUGGAACUACCCCAUCCAAAUCGCCCUGUGGAAGUCUGCCCCGUGUCUCGCCGCAGGCAACUGCAUGGUCUACAAGCCCUCCGAAUUCACCCCGCUGCACGCCCUGCGCCUCGCCGAAAUCUACUCCGAAGCCGGCGUGCCGCCCGGCGUCUUCAACGUCGUCCAAGGCGACGGCGCAGUAGGCGGCCUGCUCACCUCCCACCCCGCCAUCGCCAAAGUCUCCUUCACCGGCCAGGUCUCCACCGGCUGCAAAGUCGCCGCCGCCGCCGCCUCCAAUAUGAAAUACGUCACCAUGGAGCUCGGCGGCAAAUCCCCGUGCAUCAUCCUGCCCGAUGCCGAGCUGGACAACGCCGUCGACGGCGCCAUGAUGGCCAACUUCUUCUCCACCGGCCAGGUGUGCACCAACGGCACCCGCGUCUUCGUCCCGCAAAGCAUGCUGCGCAGCUUCGAGCAGCGCCUCCUGCAGAAAAUGGCCGACAUCCGGCCCGGCGACCUCAUGGACCCCAACACCAAUUUCGGGCCCCUGGUGAGCAAAACGCACCACGACAAAGUCACCAAAUACAUCCAGCACGGCAUCGAAACGGACAAAGCCAAACUCCUGGCCGGCGGACUAGGCAAACCCACUCUCCCCGCCACCGUCGACGCUAACGGCUACUGGGUGAAGCCGACAGUCUUCACAAACUGCACAGACGACAUGCUCAUCACCAAAGACGAGAUUUUCGGCCCCGUGCUCUGCAUCCUCCCCUACGCCGACAAUCGCCCAGGCUACGUCGAGAAGCUCGUCCAGCGCGCCAACAAUACCACCAUGGGUCUGGCCGCCGGCGUCUUCACCAAGAACAUCGAUCUCGGCCAUCGGGUUGUCGCGCAGCUGCACGCUGGCAUCACGUGGGUGAAUACAUGGGGCGAGUCGCCGGCGGAGAUGCCGGUCGGGGGUUGGAAGAUGAGUGGGUUGGGGGUGGAGAAUGGACGUAAAGGGUUGGACAAUUGGGUGCAGAAUAAGAGUACGUUGGUGGAGAUGGGAGGCGCGGUGGCGACGUCUUUCAGUAAGCUUUAG